AUGACACCUCCAUUUCCUCCGGAAAUCUAUCGAAACAUUUUUAAAUUGCUCGACACGAAUUCGUUGCACUCUUCUCUUCACGUAUCCCGUCUUUGGUGCACUUACGUAAUACCCCUGUUAUGGCAAAAUCCGCUCCAAAUUGUAUUCAACAAAGAAGGUUCGCUUGUGAAGAGUGUGACAUCAAUCAUCGAAGCUUACCUUGCUUGCCUAUCAUCUGAAUCCCGAGUCAGGCUCAUUGAAGGCGGCUUCAUGCCGCCGACACGUGUACCCGCUUUCAAAUAUCCUAAAUAUUUAAAUUCUCUGAAUUAUUGGUUAUUUCAUGAUUCCAUUGCAACUCUGAUUCUGAAAGAACCCCUGGCUCAAAGGAAAUCGACAAAACUGCUAAAGCUGAUCCUAGAAGAACUGCUUAAACUGUUUUUCAGCCAUUCGGAGAACAUUAGAAGUCUCGAGUAUGAUACCCCCGUGGUGUUUGACUAUCGCAACCUGGAACAAAGCUUGGAUCCGGUCUUCAUACGCCUAAGUGAACUGCCCGGCUUUGAUAUCUCUCGCCUCUCGAGGUUAAAAAGUUUCAGUUGCCGAGCGGACACCCCUCCGGAAUUGAUUUACACGAUCAGCCGGGUUUCCACGGGACUCCAAAGGAUAGACAUCCAUCAAGGGUCAAAUGAUGAGGCUCUGAGCGCAUUGAUAAAUUCUCAAGUCAAUCUACAGCAUUUUGAGAUGAUCACAUGCAAUGAGGCAAAAAAGGUUUUAUCGGCACUCCAAAAGAAAUCCAAAACUCUGAGAAAGGUGUCGAUCUCCGGGGGAUGUGCAAUUUCUUUUGAUUCUUUUCUUCAAUGUCCAAACCUUGAAGAAUUAUCCCUGAUGUUUCCCGCGAGGCUCCCCGGCAGCGAAAAAAGAUGGAUUUCGAUCGACGAGGCCGAGGCGAACCGUACGGAAUUGCCAAGCAUACUUGAAUACCACAUUCAAUUCCUGGCUGUCUUACACGGUCAGGCCUUACAAUACCAAAACAUCUAUUCAUCUCAGGUGGAAUGGAAUUUAUCCUCGGAAGGAGAGUACAUCUCAUCCCGAAAUCACGGGAACCCCGAUACCAUCAAUACGGCCAAACUAAUGAGGCUCGUGAUCCGUCGAGGCAAUCAACGAAUCAAAAAAAUAAUUGAUUUGAUCAAAUUCGCCAACUCCACCCUUAAGAUUCUCAACCUCGAGCUGGUAAACUCAAAAGAUCCCGAGGAACUUCCGCAUCUCAUAUCAACAAUAAUUCAACUCUGCCCAAACCUUGUAAGCAUCCACCUCAACAUUCCCAAUCAAUCCCUAUCGAAUCUUCCAAAUCUAUUUAGCAAAUGCCCAAAUCUAGAGGAGAUAUUUUUGACAGGUGAUCCCGAUCAGCAAGACAUUAGCGAGAUCCUCUAUAAACUCGGUCCUGUGGUCCCUCGCGGAUUACAAUUCUUGGCGUUGGGAAUACAAACCUGGACUUACGAUAUGUCAUCUAUUAAUUGUUUUUUUUAUUGUUGUAAAAAUAGAAUAGACAACCUACCAUUUAAUUUCGCAUUAGACACUAAUUUUAAAUCAGAUCUCUUUAAACUAUGCGAGAAACAUCGCAAGAAAGGGGUAUUAAAACUCCUAGUGCCCAAUUUUUAG